AUGAAUAUACCACUACAUGUGUAUACAGAAUACGAUAAUCUGAUCAGGCCCGUCAUGAUGACCGCCAAAUUAAUCUCUAUUUGGCCGUUGGAGAGGAAUCAUCGCGCCAGCGCGGCGCUGUUCAGGAUUUGUCACUCGUUCUGGUUAUUUUUUCUGUUUGUUACAAUGUGCGUCACCCUAACGGCCGACGUGGUUUACAACUUUGACGACCUCGACAAAAUGACGGAGUGCGCUUUGAUCUGCUUCGCGUUUUAUCUCGUCGUUAUACGUCUCGUCGUCUAUUUGCUUCAUCACAAAGAUUUGCAAUACGUGGUCGAGAUCAUGAGGGAGGACUGGAUUUGCUCGACUUACGAGGAUAAGAUCGUCUUGAAGGAAAAAUGUCUAUUUGCGUUUCGGCUUGCGAAAUAUUUCAUAACUUUGAUAGCCGGAACUAUAACCGCUUUCGCGUGCAUACCAAUUUUAGAGACAUGUAUUCUGGGAACGGAGAGGAUACUUCCCUUUCGCGGUCAUUUCUUCGUCAAUCAGACAGUUUCGCCGGUUUACGAGUAUCUCUGCGUCUUCAACAUAAUGGCCGGCUGCUUUGGGGGUGGCGUGAUCGCCGGCGCGACCAGCUUCAAUUUCGUCGCGAUAAUCCACGGAUCGGCGAAGUUCGCGUUGGUGCGAAAGAAACUUGAGGCAAUAAAGAGCGACGAUCCCGACGUCAAGAUAGUCGUGGCCAAUUGCGUCAAACUCCAUCACGACGCUAUCACCUUCGCCGACGCGCUCGAGAGGAUCAUAAACAUUGUGGCGUUGGGACAAUUCGUUGUCAGCACCGGUUUGGUUUGCUUCGGGGGAUUUCAAGUCACUUCGAUGAUGAAGAACAAAGUGCGCUUGGUAAAAUACUCGGCCUUUCUGAACUCCACCAUUCUCGAGCUCUUCAUGUUCAGCUUCAGCGGAAACAGAUUAAUAGACGAGAGCGACGCCGUGAGCGAAUCGGCUUACCGUAGCGACUGGGUCGGCGGCACUUUCGGCCGGAGUUUGCAGAUCGUGAUGAUGCGGUCGAAGGUAUCUAACAAAAUCACCGCCGCGAAAUUUUACAGCAUGUCCCUCGAAAGCUUCUCUCAAGUGCUCAGCACAUCCUUUUCCUACAUGAUGAUACUGAUAUCUAUGAAAGAGGAGUAAAAGAGGAUCAGGCAGCAAUCGGAGAGUACGGAAAGAGGAAAGAAAGAAAAAAGAAGAUUUUAUUAUAUCUCACACAGAGAACACGCUAGUCGACACGUUAGUCCGAAAAUAUCAUGCGAGGAUCAAAGGAGGGGGAGCACGGCUGCUGCU